CUGACACGCAAACACGGUCACGAAGUUUAAUAGAUUAAAACUUAGUCUAUGUCGAUGGUGACGUGGCAAUGUAAGUUGUUACUUUAUAUGACGCUUGGACAACUAACUGUACGUAGAUUUAGCCCAUCUAUUGCAAAUAGACGAGGUUGUGGCGAAUAUUGAAGUGUAACUUUUUCAGUACCGUCCGGCGAUUCCAGUUUUGACAAUGCAACGGGCACACCAUGGUAUGGGGCAGAGGCCAAGGCAGGAUGUUCCAAUUCAAGUCUAUGCUGACGAAGACGAUAGCAAAUCAGAAAAAAAGUACAAGGAAAGAAAAAGACUACGCAACAUUAAAAUGUUUUUCGGUGUUAUGUUAGUUGUUGGUUUUUUCGCAAUCGCUGUUUACAGCUUUCCAAGAGGAAACACUGCAACAGAGGAAAAAAGCGUGAAUGUUGUUCGUGACAAAGUAGUGUUCCUUCCACGGGAUGCAGAGAAAAAAGGGCUGGCGGUAGAGGAGAAGAUAGAAAGUGCUGAAGACGAAGAAGAACAAAAAAAAACUGAACAGCAAGAGAAAGAAAAUGUUAUAAAAGAACAUGAAACAAAUGAAGUCAAAGAGGAAGAGAAAGAAAUCCCUGGACUUAAAGUUCUUGCUAAGUCCCAGCAAGACUUCGCUGUUGACUUGUACCAGACACUCACUCAAUCUAAGCAGUAUCAAGAAGAGAACAUUGUGUUCUCUCCGUUCAGCAUAUCAGUUGCGUUAGCAAUGACGUAUCUAGGAGCCAAAAGUGAAAGUGCAACACAGAUGGAAAAAGUCUUGAAGUUUCAUCAAGUUGGAAUUGAGAACAUUCAUCCCACUUUUCACAUGCUGAGGUCUGAGAUUUUCAACCAAGAUGCUGGUUACGUUUUGAAUGCUGCUAAUAAACUCUUUAUUGAUAGCAACUAUACUUUCGUCUCAGAAUUUCUAUCAGCAACUGAAGCUUAUUACGACAGUGCUUUAGAACCUCUCAAUUUUGGAAAUCCUGAAGAGUCCAGAGUUGAGAUCAAUAAAUGGGUCGAUAAGCAAACUCAGUCACUCAUACAAGAUUUGAUCCCUGAAGGUGUUAUCAGUACUAUGACGAAACUCGUUCUUGUCAAUGCGAUAUAUUUUAAAGGCAAAUGGGCGAAUCAGUUCAAUCCAAAAUUUACCAAAGUUGAUAAUUUUUAUCUUGAUAAGAGAAACGCGGUGAAAAUACCUAUGAUGUAUAAUAAUGAAAACAAAUUUAAAUUUUAUGCAGAUGAUGUUUUAAAAUGUCAGAUUCUUGAGAUGCCGUACAGCGGUAGUAAUCUGAGUAUGAUUGCCAUUCUUCCCGAUGAGGUCAAUGGUUUGUUGUCGUUACAGAAAAAUAUAACCUCUGAUACCCUCCAAAAGUGGUUUUCACAACUGCAUGAAACAAAAGUCGACGUUACCUUUCCCAGAUUCAAAAUGGAAUCCAGUUUUCAGUUAAAAUCUGAAUUGCAGAAGUUGGGCAUGGUUGAUAUUUUUGUCCCAGAUUUGGCGGAUUUAACCGGUAUGGCCGAUAAUCGAGAGUUAUUUGUGUAUGAUGCUGUACAUAAAUCGUUUAUCGAAGUAACAGAGGAAGGUACCGAAGCUGCUGCAGCCAGUGCAGUCUUAGUAGGCAUAGAAUCUGUGAGGGUACAUCAUAAAUUUAACGCCAAUCAUCCAUUUUUAUUUCUUAUCAGAGACAAUACUACAGGAACAGUUUUAUUCAUGGGUCGAAUCAUGAAGCUAAGUCAAAAAUAAAUCAAAAGUAUAAUUACUUUAAAACUUCUGUUAUGUGUUAAUGUUGUUAUUGACUACAGUCUGACUGGUAUACAUUUUGCCUUCCACUU